AUUCACCAUCGGAAUGAGUACCAGGAAAACUUUGUAUAAUCCAGAGAAUUCAAAGGACUUGGAGGACCUGAUGAACUACUUCCACAGCGUGGACUCAGACGAUGAAGCUCAUGAGCAGUUUCAAAGUGCAGAGAGCUUAGAAGUCGCGUUAGUUCCUCCCGACGAUGCCAUGGACAGCGACCAAGAUGAUGCUCACAGUGAUGACGAUAUGGUACCUAGUAUCAGAGAUCUGGGAAAGGGUAUUCUCUCUCAGAAAGUAGAUGUUUUUGCUGUUAACAAGAAUAAAGAGAAAUCUCCAAUCAAAACUGGAAUUCAGUCUCCUCUACAAAUCCGACCAAGUGACCAGAACUGGGAAGAGAGUGAUGAUGAAACCCUGGCUGAUAAGCAGAAAAGACUGAAAAUUCAAAUUCCUUCUGUCAGAAAAAGUACACAAAAAGUCAAUAGAGCAUGGCAAGAAAUAACCCUUGAACCACGAGAACAGCGAAUUGAGUUACUAAAGGAAAAUACUCCCUGUAUUCUUACCGAUAUAUUAGAGAGAAAUAUGGCGCCGAUCGAUUUGUUCAAAGUUUUUUUUAGUGAAGACAUAAUCACCACAAUGUGUAUAGAAACAAAAAGAUAUGCCGACCAGAAGGGAUUUCAUGGAGACAAAAUAGAAGGCAAAUCACUUGGCUCAAGUGUAACUGAGAAACUGUGCCUAAAUUUUUUAGAACAAAAUAGUACCAUUUUCCUAGAUAACUAUUUUACCUCUAUUCCUCUAUUAGAAACCCUAACAGCUAAUAAACUAUACUGUGUGGGUACGGUAAGAUCAGAUCGAGUAGAGAAAGCUCCUCUCAAAGAUUUAAAAAAGGAUAAUAGGGGUAGUCACUACACAAUUCAUGACUCAACAUCCAACAUAACAUUGACACGUUGGCAUGACAAUAGUCAAGUUACUGUUAUAUCAAAUGUACAAGACAAAACCCUUUACCAGACGAAAGGCUCGUGUAAACGAUGGUCGAAGAAGGACAAAUCUGCUAUCCAAGUUGAUCAACCGUCUCUAGUACAUUUAUAUACAUUUAUAUAA